GAAAUUUGAAAUCUCGGGGGCUAGCAGCUAGCAUACGUGCCGGAUGUAUACUAAUCUGUAAAGUCGUUGUCGGGCGCAAUGGCUUCAUUUCAUCAUUUACUACAACACGAAAAGCCGCGGUUUGAAUCUCCCGCCAAAGUGUUUGCCAAACUAAAAUCUAAAGUUCAGAGAGAAGCGAUGUACGCGACGGAUCCGCCGCGUAACGUCAGAGAGAAACAUGGAGGAGAGUUCAGUCGAGAGGAGACCUUCCGCCUGGCCGAGGAGCUCAAGGAGAACCACACUCCCGUGUUCUACCGCAGUGAAGUCCAAGCUCUGACCCUGUCGCCCAUUUCCACUCCUCAGAAAAACUUCGGCUCCUCGUUUUCAAACGACGGGAUUCCUCAUGUGGCCGAGACGGGACACGCCUUUAUGUUCAGAAACCAACACACGCCGACCAAGAGGGGUUUCCUGGAGUCCACAGCGGUGUCUCACCCCCUGACCCUGGGUCACAGAGACCCAGAUCAGAUCUCAGAUGGUUUCACGGUGUCCAGCAGGACUCGAGGAAAGACUCAGCCUCUAGUGGACCACUGUGGGAGGCGUGUGUAUGAGGAGGACCCCCGCUGCAGUCUCGUGUCCCCUGCCAAAAUGGUACCCCCCCAGAGGAAGAGGCUCAGGAAGAGAAAGUGGGAGCAGCAGGAGUUCAACAAGGUCAACAGCAGAAAGGAGGUCGGUGCUGCUGUAAGGAGUCAGACAGACACUCGCAGGGAGGAUGAGGGGGACUUCAGAGGUUUCCCUGCUGAGGUGAACCAGGGGACUCGUGCCCCCUUGUUCCCAACGCCGAGAUCCACCGCUGUGAAACGUGCCUGUGUUAUGAUGGAAAAAUAUCCACCGAUGUCGCCGGCCAAGCUGUUUGCCUACAUGAAGGAGAGGGAAAACAAACGGGAGCACCGGAUGGUUCCUGAAGGCAGCAGCACCAGGGAACUCUUCAGUACUCAUUUCGAUCAGGCAGGAGACUCUCCUCUCCACGCAUCUCAAAAUAUGGAUGAAAUUGAGGACACUGCCUUUUCAAGGGUUACAGAAAGUGCAGUUCCUGACAGCUGCUCCAGCGAGGAGUCCGCUGACAGCCAAUCAGAUCCCACGGAGGAUGUCCCGAUCCCUGCCGCUAGGCCACAGACAGUUUUGCUUGAAGACCCACUCGUACUUAAUUCGCCAAAGAUCUCCAUCCCUAAGAAAAACCAGGCUGUGUUCCAGUCCAACAAACGGCCCCAGGGCACACAAUUCCCAAAUGAGAGUGUCAUUUAUCUUAAGAAAUGGUUCUUGAGGAGUAGUCAAAAGGGCCUGUUUCUUGAUGGAAUCCACACCAAGGACAACGUGCCAUGGAACAGUAACAUCAUUGACAACAGGGUUUCUAAUUCUGUGGUGAAGACCGUCUCUGGUAGGGUUUACGUUUUGGUUGGCAAGAUGAACUUCACCGUCAACUCGGGGUUUCCCAAAUGGUUUAUGAAGAAGUUUCUCAAUGGUUUCCCUCCAAACUGGAAAUCGCUUUAUGAGAAGUCUCUGUCUGAAAAAGUGGAGAGGACCAGUGAAGGGAAAUCCAUCAUAGCCAAUACAAAAUCCGCUGCAUCCUCCAAUCAAUCUGCGAAGCGGAACAGACAAAAUAAUUUGAAGACGCCUGAAUUCUGUCCUCCUGCCAUCUCCUCUUCCUCUUCCACCAGAACAUCUCAAAGUGGUCGGGUGAUAAAGCCACCUCUGGAGUAUUGGAAAGGAGGAAGAGUCAUUCUGGAUGCAAAAAUGAAUGUUACCAUUCAUGAAUGUUAUGAUACCUCCAUCUGCAUCCCUGAGGUUACUACAACAGUUUCUGCGAGGACGUCACAGACGCCUGCCCGUGUGUUCCUGCCCUGCACCGAAGGCGAUAAAAAUCCAAGUGAAACAUCCUGCGACGAAGAGGCAUCAGCACCAGCGAGGAAGGUCAAGGCUCCGCUCCGUAAAAGCAAACACGCCAAGAAACCCAGUAAUCCAGCUGAACCUUCUGUGGAGGCAAGAAGCAUUCCUGAGGGAUGGACUGGCAGAAGAACGAGGUCUCAAAGCAGGAGUCCACCCAUGGACAAAAUGGUGUACGUGGACAUUUUACCUCAAAAGCAAAACAAGCCUGAAAUGGCUACAACACAGAGGCCGAAAAAACCGACGCAUGAGACCAGCAGGCUGCCAGAGAGGAAGAGCAAACGGACUCUAAGAGCAUCCCCCGAAUCUCCCACUGUUCAUGAAGAAACAUCCCAGCCACAGUUAUCAGGUGACGACUUUUCUAGUAAGAGAAAGAAGGGGGGGAAAGGAGUGUACGUGAAGAAUGGAGGUAAAGGUCGCAACCAGUCGCAGCCAAGCCAAGGUUCCCAGUCGCUUCAGUCUUCGGAGUCUUCUGAGGAGAGCGUGAAGGAACGGAGGAAGAGAGGAAUGGCAACAAACAAUACCAAAACAGCACAGACAAAACCUAAACAGAGCAAAUGCACCAAAAUCUCCCCACCCACGAAGCCGAUGCCCAAGCCGAUGCAUUCCAGCAGAACGCAGAAGACGAACAAAGGCAGCACAGUCGUUCCUCCACCAGAGCAAGAUGAAAACGAGUGGACAGAGGCAGAGCUCAUGAAGCUGCAAGAGGCCGUGUCCUACUAUCCUAAGCACAUGUCCGGUUACUGGGCAAAGGUAGCAAAGAUGGUAGGAGCUCGUUCUGCAGAGGAGUGUUACAGCCAGCAGACGUCCCAGGGAACAUCACAGACGCCCGUCAAGAAUGACAAGAAACCCAGGAAGGAAAAAGUGGAAUUGCCAAAAGAUCCAGUUACAGACUGUCCCAUAAUUUCUGCUCGAGUUGGAACCUUGAGGAGAAAGCAGCAGGUGCGUCAGUUCAUGGAGGCUAUGCCCACAGAGGACGUAGAGGACGUUUUCAGCUCCGCAUACAUGCAGAACAAACGCUAUGAGAUCCCCUCCAUGUGUGAGAGUGAGGAGCAUGAGUUCACAAUGUCGAACGUGGAGCCCCUGACCCCCGUGUCAAGGGUGUACCCUGAAGUGAAGACCCCUCAGUGCCUGUACAUAUCACCUGGCAUGAUGGGCUCUCCAGACAAGGACAAGGAUGACAAAUUCGUUUAUCAGCUCCAGAAGAGGAUGAAGAAAAAUCAGUUUAAUGUCUGCAAUCAGGCUCAAUCUUCAAAGAAUUACACAUCAACGCGAGGAACAAUGAGACAAUGUGGUAACACGGAAAAUGACACCUUUGUCGUUUGGCAGAUGUUUCCAGAAAACAACGUGGCGGCGCCUGACAGCGGAGAGGAAGAGGACUUUUAUUUCUCAGACAGCAACUGAUCGGAGUCGGAGCUGAUGCAUCAUAUCAUCAUAAAAGAUCCAGUGGAUAAAUUGUGAACCAUAAAAACACUUCCAGUUUUGCGACUGUCUUUCACAUGAAACAAGUGGGGGGAUUAAUGUUUAUUUUUUAACAUGGAAACUCUAUACACUGUAAAUAUGUUGUUUAACGUCUGAGCACCAACAGUCAGUUGAAAUUAUUCCUUUUAAUAAACAAUCUUCAAUUUUUAGCUUAUGUUUUAUUUUGUGUUUAUUACACAUUGAGAAGAAAACAAUAGUUUGCGUAAGCGGUUCACAACCUUUUUGGCUUAUGACCUCAAACCAAAAAAUGAUUACUGUUCAAAUAUGAAAGACUCAAAUAAGUUAAGAAUUUACUGCAUUUCACAAAAAAUCUGAAAUAUGUCUGAAUAAACAAAUUUGUGUACCAAAUGUGUAAUUUUCUUCUC